AUGAGGCGGCCGACGCGGCGGCUGGCGCUGUCUCUGCUGGGGGUGCUCUGGCUCGCCGCCCUCCUCCUCUUCUUCUUCGGGGCGAGGAGGAAGUUGGAGGCGGCGGGAGCCGAGGGGCACACGCCGGAGGGCUCGGACGUGGACUGGGACGACCUUUGGGAUCAGUUUGAAGAGCGGAGGUACCUGAGCGCCCGGAGGUGGAAGGGCGGAGAGGACCCGUACCGGCUCCAUGCCUUUAACCAGCGGGAGAGCGAGAGGAUCCCCAGUGACCGUGCCGUCCGUGACACCCGCCAUCACAGGUGUACGACUUUGCAUUAUCGCCAGGACCUCCCACCAACCAGCGUCAUCAUCACCUUCCACAAUGAGGCCAGGUCGACCCUGCUAAGAACGAUUCGGAGCGUGCUGAACCGCACCCCAGUGCACCUCGUCCAUGAAAUCAUACUAGUGGAUGACUUCAGUGAUGAUCCUGAUGACUGCCGCUUGUUGGGCAAGCUCCCCAAGGUGAAGUGCUUGCGGAAUGGACGGCGAGAAGGUCUGAUCCGGUCCCGAAUCCGAGGGGCAGAUGUGGCACAAGCGGGAGUCCUGACCUUCCUCGACAGUCACUGCGAGGUGAAUAAGGACUGGCUGCUCCCUCUGCUGCAGAGGAUCAAAGAGGAUCCCACCCGAGUGGUCAGCCCUGUUAUUGACAUCAUCAACUUGGACACUUUUGCCUAUGUGGCGGCUUCCUCGGACCUCAGAGGAGGUUUUGACUGGAGUCUGCAUUUCAAAUGGGAGCAGCUUUCCCCAGAGCAGAAAGCCAAACGACUUGAUCCCACUGAACCCAUUAAGACUCCCAUCAUUGCUGGGGGGCUGUUUGUGAUCGACAAAGCCUGGUUCAACCACCUGGGGAAGUAUGACAGUGCCAUGGACAUCUGGGGUGGGGAGAACUUUGAAAUCUCUUUCCGUGUGUGGAUGUGUGGAGGGAGCCUGGAAAUCAUCCCCUGCAGCCGCGUUGGACAUGUCUUCCGGAAGAAACAUCCGUAUGUCUUUCCAGAGGGAAAUGCCAAUACAUACAUUAAAAACACCAAGCGCACAGCAGAGGUGUGGAUGGACGAAUUCAAGCAGUACUACUACGCGGCUCGUCCCGCAGCCCAAGGGAGGCCUUAUGGAAACAUCCAGAGCAGAGUGGAGCUGCGGAAGAGGUUGAAAUGCCACAGCUUCAAGUGGUACCUCGAAAAUGUUUAUCCUGAACUUCGGAUUCCUGAGGAAUUGCUCUAUCAGACGGGGAUGAUCAGGCAAAGGCAGAGCUGCCUGGAGUCGCACAAGUCUGAAGCCCAAGAGUUCCCCAUCCUGAGCUUAAGUCCUUGCAUCAGCAGCAAAGGCACAGCAGCAACAGCACAGGAAUGGACAUACACAUACAACCACCAAGUCCGCCAGCAGCAGCUGUGCUUGUCUGUGUACACCCUUUUUCCUGGUUCCCAGGUGCUGCUGUCACCUUGCAAAGAAGGUGAUAACAAGCAGCGAUGGGGUAAAGUUGGGUCACACAUUGAACACAUAGCUUCACGCUUCUGUUUGGACACUGAGAUGAUUGGAGACACGAAUGAGAGUACCAAAGAGCUUGUCAUCAACCCUUGUGAGAGCACAGCCAUGAGCCAGCGCUGGGACAUGGUGAUGUCUUGA